AUGAAGUUCAGCAUCGUCAACGUCCUUGUUUCCGGCCUCCUACUCGCUGCUGCCAGCGUGGACGCCUGUCAAUGUAAAGUAGGCAGCAGACAGGGUCAAUACUGCGGCCACUGCGAGGCAGUUCUCGUUACCCCCGAUUUUGUCUAUGACCAUGUAUUGUCUAUAGCCAAGGCUUGUAACUCGCAGUUUCCUAGAUGGAUUGAAACGGACGGGAUGGCUUGGCAUUUGUGGGAGAGGCUUAGAGGGACAAUGUUUAUUGUAUCGAAAGAGGAUGGAAGUCCUAAGUAA